GCAUUAAAAAGGGUUGGAAAAUCUGUAAAUAUUCAAGAAGUAAUGGAUCAGUGGACACUGCAGAUGGGUUAUCCUGUUAUCACUAUCUUGGGAAAUGAAACUACAGACAAUGUCAUAGUGAUCUCCCAAGAACGUUUUGUUUAUGAUAGUGAUGCUAAACCCAAGGAUCCUGCCGUUGGAGACAACAGCUACUUGUGGCAGAUUCCAUUAACAAUUGCAGUAGGAAAUACGAGCCACAUCUCAUCAGAGGCAAUUAUAUGGGUGUCUAACAAAUCAGAACACCACAGAAUUCCUGCUUUGGAAGAGGCAAGUUGGUUGCUGGGGAACAUCAACCAGACUGGCUACUUUAGAGUUAAUUAUGAUACUAGGAAUUGGAAGCUGAUAAUUAAUCAGCUAACAAGGAACCAUGAGGUUAUCUCUGUCAGUAAUCGAGCAGGCUUGAUCGAUGAUGCGUUCAAUCUAGCCAGAGCUGGUUAUUUGCCUCAGAAUAUUCCUUUGGAGAUUAUCAGAUACCUUUCAGAGGAGAAGGAUUUUCUGCCGUGGCAUGCUGCCAGCCGAGCUCUUUAUCCUCUAGAUAAGUUGCUGGACCGCACAGAAAAUUACAAUAUCUUCAAUGAGUAUAUUUUAAGACAAGUUGCAUCAAUGUAUCUCAAGCUUGGAUGGCCAAUGAAUAAUUUAAACAAAUCGCUUGUUCAAGCAUCAUACCAACAUGAAGAGUUGCGUCGGGAAGUGAUCAUGUUGGCCUGCAGCUUUGGUAACAAACACUGUCACCAGCAGGCUGCAACCUUAAUCUCGGAUUGGAUUUCUAGCAAUAGGAACCGAAUCCCACUCAAUGUGAGAGACAUUGUCUACUGUACAGGAGUUUCACUGAUGGAUGAAGAUGUAUGGGAGUUCAUUUGGAUGAAAUUUCAUUCUACCACAGCAGUGUCUGAGAAGAAAAUAUUAUUAGAAGCCUUAACUUGCAGUGAUGACAGAAACUUGCUCAACAGGCUUUUGAAUUUGUCUCUCAACUCGGAAGUUGUCCUGGAUCAGGAUGCAAUUGAUGUGAUAAUCCACGUAGCUCGGAAUCCACAUGGAAGGGAUCUUGCUUGGAAGUUUUUCAGAGAAAAAUGGAAAAUACUAAAUGCUAGGUACGGAGAAGCAUUAUUUAUGAAUUCAAAGCUUAUCAGUGGGGUCACAGAAUUCCUCAAUACCGAAGAAGAACUGAGAGAGCUAAAGAACUUUAUAAAGAGCUACGAAGGGGGAGCUGCUGCCUCUUUCUCUCGCGCCGUGGAAACAGUGGAAGCCAAUGUGCGGUGGCAAAGGCUUUAUAAGGAAGAACUGUUCCAGUGGCUAAGAAAAACCGUGACGCACUGAUCUGUCUUUCCAGCCAACCAUUUAACCUGAAGCUCUGCAAGAGGAAGAGGAGACAUUUUAGAAGUGUUCAACAUUAAAAUCACAAAGACAAGAGCAGAUUGCAGGGAUAAGGUUUUUUCUUUUCUUUUUCUUUUUUUUUUUUUUUAAAUUCUGAGAUUUUUUUUACACUGGACUCUUGAGAAAUUGUCAAGAAGCUUUUCAGAAGAGAAGAUCAUGAAUGCUUGUGAAAUCCAGUCCUCAGUGUACACAACAAAACAUGAUACUAAGUGGUGCAUGUAAAUGUUGAAGAAAAACAGACAAAAAACCCUUCAGACUAUUUUGUGCAUGCUUGUACCGUCCCUGCCUGUAUUCUAGCAUGCUUAUGUAUGACAGCCACAUUUUGUACGUGAGUUCCAGUUACAUCAAAGAUGGGCAUUAUACAAAGCA